AUGUCUGUGUCUCCUUGCGUGCUACUGGUCCUGCUGACCGGUGCAUAUGCUGACUGGGCGUCGACAACAGUUGCCAACCGAACGGCGGGACAAAAUCUGGAAGAAGCCGUGAAGAAGCGGCUAGAAGCUCAAUCUCACAGCAUUGAGAGCUUUCACAUGGAGGACAUCCACUCCUUCUACUGGUGGGACUCCAGCGUUCAGGAAGAGCAGGAAGUGAGAGCGACGAUCGACUCAGAGGUUCCUUUUGCCGUGCUGAUGGAAGCGAUCGCGGCCGAUCAUCCAUAUGAUCUACCUAUGAUUGUCACAAGCGCGCUCCCGCAUGAGGGUGAGGAAGCCUCAGCGGAUUCAUCAGCUGAUGAGCCGAAGUACGUUAUGGGCAUGGCUCUGGUGAACGGAACGACGGCCGAGAUUGCCCAGGGGUUGGCCAAGUCAAUUGUCGAGGUCAAAUAUUCGGCUUGCGCACAGGUAGAGAAGCACGGAGACUCUGGCAGUGACUUCUACAUCACUUUGAAGACUCUCAGCGCCGCCAAGGAGCAAGUAGCAGUGGACUUUGGCGGCUUGGAGUGGGAGUGGAUGCCCAUCCGGGCAAAUGAGAAGUACGAGAAGUGGCUUGAAGACAAUGUCCUAAUUCGUUCGCAUGCCGCGGAGCUGUAG